AUGAAAUUGCUUUGGGUAAUAUGUUGCCUGGCCUUUUUCAUGCUAGCGGCGAAAGCUGCGGAUCAUGGGAAAAAGAAAGACAAAACUGGUGGUGAAGUAGCCAAGGCUGUUGAUGGUCAUGGAAAUCCACUGCAGCGAUCACUUCAAAAGUCUAACUGGAUGCCUGUUUAUCAUCACCCUCCAGCUCCGCGCCAUCAAACUUCAUCACAUUGUUCAGAUGAUGAUGAAGAUGAGGAAGAUUAUGAAGACGAAGAUGAGGAUGAAGGCUGCGAUGAUGAUGAUGAUGAAGAGGAUGAAGACGAUGAGGAUGAAGAAGAAGAUGAAGAAGAGGAAGGAGACGAGGACGAAGACGAUUAUGAAGAUGAAAAUAAACGAAGUAAAACUUUGACAGCCAAAUCACCGAAAAAAAGUGUUGGUUCUCCCAAGGGCAGUUAUAAAAAACCCAAACCAGCAUCACGAUUCAAGCGCCUAAGAGGUUUGCGUAGGAGACGUGGUAAAGCACGACCACUACGUCGCCUCGCGGUGCAAACUGAGGGUAAAAAGAAACACAAAUCUACCGGCGAAAUAACAACAACUCAGGAUCAAAGCUCAAAGAAAGCCGAAUCUGGUGACGAAGUAGCCGAUGCCCUGGAUUAUAGUAAAAAGAAAAGCAAAUCUAAGGUUAAGAGCAAAAAGCUCACAACUGGUGUUGAAGUAACCACAACUAAAACCAAAGGGAAAAAGAAAGACAAAUCCGGUGAUGCAGUUACCACAACUAAAGUUAAAAGGAAAAGGAAAGCCAAAGCGGGUGAUGAAUCAAGCAAAGCUAAGGACACUGGAAAAUCGAAAGACAAAUCUGGCGGUGAAUUAGCCAAGUCUGGUGAUGACUAUGGAAGCAGGCAUCAUAGUAUGCCUUACUGGAUGCCUUGUUAUCAUCAUCCUCCUCCUCCCCCUCCAUGCCAUCAUCCUCCACCGCCUUGUUCUGGUGGUGGUGAUGAUGAAGAAGAGGAGGAAGAAGAAGAGGAUGAAGGCUGUGGCGGAGAUGAUGACGAAGAAGAAGAUGAGGAUGAAGAGGAAGACGAAGAAGAAGAUGGGAAUGAAGAGGAAGACGACGAAGAAGAUGGGGACGAGGAGGAAGACGAAGAAGAGGAGGAAGAUCAAGACGAGGAAGGUGGCGAAGACGAAAGAAAAAAGGCUGCUGCAGUCAAACCUCCCAAAAAAACCAGUGGAGCUACCAAGGGCGGUGCUAAAAAACGUAAACCAGCACCACGAAGAAAACGCAUUUUGCGUAAAAGACGUGGUAGAGCACGUCGCCUGGCACUCACUGCUGUGCAGGCCCAAGAUAAUGAUGAUGGGGAGGUCAUAGAAAUAGACAAUCCAGAUUAUCCUGAAGGUGAAGAAUAUCCUGAUGAAUAUCCCGAAGAUGAAGAACACGCUUGUGAAGGUGGUGAUUAUGGUCCACCUCCACCACCACCACCACCACCUCCUCCACCGCCACCAAGACGAGGAGGCCGUCCACCACCACCACCGCCUCCUCCGCCACCACCUCCACCACCAUCGGAUGGUGGUCGCGGCGGCGAGCGCCAUGCCCCCCGUCAUGGUUAA